AACAAACAAAAAACACAAUGAUCUCGAAAUCUAAAAUCCUUAGCCACACUCGCUCCUCCAGCCUCCCCUCCCGAUCCCACCCUCUCAUCCCCCAAUUCAACGACCAUCUCCACCGCCUCCGCGCCGCCACCGCCGCCUCCGACGCCACCUCCCUCCCAUCCCUCGCCGAAAACCUAACCAACCUUGACAACCUCCACGGCUGCAUCGGCGACCUCCUCCUCCUCCGACACACGCGGCGGGUAUUCCGCCGCGAGCGCGGCGAGAAAUGGGCCGAACAGGUCCUCGACGGAUACCUCGGCCUCGUCGACGCCUGGGCUACCGCCAAGGACCUGCUCUCCCACGCCAGGGAGCACGUGCUCCGCCUCCUCUCCCUCCUGAGACGGAGACGGAGACGGGACCUCUCCGCCUUCCUCGCCUCGAGGAAGGCGGCGAGGAAGUCCGCGCAGAGGACCUUGAGAAACAUCACCGGCUUGAAGCACAAACCCUCCGCCGUGGCGCUGGACAGAGACGCCGAGACCAUCGCCGUGAUAAGCAUGCUGAAGGAGGCCGAGGCGGCGACCCUCGACCUCGUCGAGUCCCUGCUGUGCAGCGUCGCCGGCGCCCGGAGGCUCGGCGGCGGAUGGUCGCUGGUGUCGAGGCUCAUCAGCUCGAGAAAUUGCUCGGGACAAGAUCGUGAUCGUGGUCGUGGUCGUGAUCGUGAUGAUCACAAGCAGCACAUUCUCGAGUUUUGUGAGCUCGACGCUGCCUUGGAAAAGCUUGUUAGUUUGAGGAGAUUCGACGGCGGCGAUGGCGGCGGCGUUUCGGCGCAGGUUGAUGAGCUCCGGCUGCAGUUGACGGAGACGGAGGGAAGCCUCGGUGUCUUGGAAGAGAAAGUUGAGGCUUUGUUCAAGCGUUUGAUAAGAACUAGAGUUUCACUACUUAACAUGCAGAGCAAUUAAUUACGUAAUUAGCUUCUAAAUUUAGGGACGAUAUCCAAUUAUAUUCUAACCUUUAAUUUCCAUAUUGCGAAAAUAGCAAAAGGAAAUUCUAUCAAUGUAAAUAAAAAUGUGGAAAUAUUACUGAUCAUUUUUACUAUA